GUCACGAGAGCAUCGCAUCUCACAACUUCGCCGCCUUCCAGCCCCUGCAGCAACCUCAACUCGAUGCCUACAUGGCACACCUGGCAAGUCUACCUACAAAGAGCAAGCUCGAAGAAAGUCAAACUCUUUUGGGCUGGCGUUUCAUUCCGGAAAGUAUCGUUUCCCGCCCAGGCCUGCUAAUUGCAGAGCGAUGCAUUUACGAUGCCAUGCAUUGCUACUGGAGCCAGGGAACGGUUAACUGUGAGGUCGGCUUGCUGCUGGCCUCUGUCAAAGAAAAAAUCGGGCUCGAGCCGGCGCAGCUCGCCCAACAGCUCAGAGUCCUCAAAUGGCGCUGCCCCUUUUACAAGGAAACAGCCCCCACGGUCCUCUCUGAGAAGCUCCUGCAAGCAGGCGUGGACUACAAGGGCACUGCAAAGCAGACGCUCUUGGUGCUUCCGCUGCUGAAUUUCUUCGCACAAGAAGUCUUGUCGCAGAAGGACGAGCUGCAGCAGGAGAUCGAGUGCUUGCGUCGCUUGAACACUGUCUGCCGCAGAAUUCUGCUGCUGAAAUGUCAGAAGAGCAUUAGCCAAGCCGAUGCAAACCAUCUCGUGCAGCUGCAGCAAGACCACUUGCAAGCCUUCAAGGCAUGCUAUGGUGAAAGGAAUGUGAAGCCGAAGCAUCACUACAGCUUCCACACAUCGCAGCCAGCUGUCCCGUUGCAAAUCUUCCUGGACACCUUCGUUUGCGAACGAAAAAACAGGAACUUCAAGCAACUUCUUGGAAGCCGGGCCUGCGUCCUUAGGCACUUUGAGAUGACGGCCAUGGCCACUCUUAUUUCUCACGAGCUCAAGUGGAAAGGUAACUGGUCGCCUCAUGCUGUGCUUUCAGAACCUCAGGCGGGAAAGAAAAGCGAACGCCUGCAUGCACAUGCUGAGUGCCAGGGCCAAGAGUAUCACGCGGGACUGUAUAUCCUCUCCAAGUGUCUUGCAGUGCAUGUCAGAGGCUUCGUGGAGACGCCGAAGGCACCCAAUGGGGCUCAGGCCGUUGCAGACCAACUGUGCUGCAAGCAUUGGAAAGAGGACUACAGCACGUGGAGCAAACCUGGCAGAGAAUGUGCUGUAAAGCUCGAGGACUUGCGUGCGGCAUGGAGGCCGAAUUGGAUUCUCGAAGAAGCAUGCCAAGUCAUUUCCUUGCAGUAG